AUUACGUCGGGAGGCGUGUGUCACAUUUGCUGCAAGAAGCUAGUUUGUGAUCAGCUAGCCGGAUAAAGGUGUAUAACUAGGGAAGUAGAUGGAACAUAUUUUGCCUUGUAACGACUGAGCUGUUCGUUUUAGUGACAGUUUGUUGUAUUAUCCACAUUUGAGAAUACAGUUUAUAUCAAAUGUAGCGCAGGGUUACACUUCCUAUGUGGCUGAAAACGUUCAGCAGCAGUUAGUAGGCUAACCCUUUCUCUUAACUUGUACUUUAAUGGGAUGCUCGAGUUGAGGUGGUAACCGAUAACUAGCCUGGUUAUUUUUAUUUUUAUUUCGUUAUUGCCGUAUGGGUGGACAUUAGCGCGUAACCCGACUUGGCUCACUGCAGGUUGCACACAAGGUUAACAUUAGCUUUAGCCAGCUAGCUCACUCCCUUCUCGCAGCAGCUUUCUCACUUUCGUAUGCUGACUUGUCAGGACAGGUGUGCUGAGAGUAGGCCAGGUGUGCUGUUGGAGAGAUAGGGUGUGCAACGUAUUAGCAGUGCUCGCGGAAGAGGAGCAAGUCCAACAGUCUACUUCAGUGAUUUGUGUUCCUGUCGUGGAGCCAGAGGUGGCACCAUGCUGCUCUCCUUGGUUGUGCACACAUACUCGCUGCGGUACUGGUUUCCAGCCACGAUUAUGCUGGGAUCAGCCCCAGCUUAUGUGCUAUCAUGGUGUGCCUGCCGCUUUCUUUCUACUAUGUUACCAGCGAGAAUGUAUCACAAGUUAGACGAUCGGUUGUACUGCAUGUACCAGAGUAUGGUCCUGUUCUUCUUUGAAAACUACACCGGAGUAGAGAUUAUUAUAUAUGGAGAUAUACCAAAGAACAAAGAGAAUGUGAUCUACCUGUCCAAUCAUCAAUGCACAGCUGACUGGAUCAUUGCUGACAUGCUCGCCAUCAGGCAGAGUGCUCUCGGCCACGUCCGAUACGUCCUUAAAGAUGGACUCAAGUGGCUUCCGCUUUACGGAUGGUAUUUCUCUCAGCAUGGAGGAGCCUACGUGAAACGAAGUGCAAAGUUCAGUGAAAUAGCGAUGAAGAAGAAGCUCUUCACACAGACUCGAGAUGGAGUCCCAAUGUACCUUGUCAUCUUCCCGGAAGGAACUCGGUAUAAUCCCGAGCUCAAGAACGUUAUCGCUGACAGUCAGGCUUUUGCUACAAAAGAAGGAUUGGCUGUCCUGAAGCACACACUGACACCCAGAAUGAAGGCCUCUCACUUAGCCCUCGAGGCCAUGGCGGGCCACCUGGAUGCUGUGUAUGACAUCACAGUGGCCUACGAGGGAACGCAGGGAGGUUCCAGGCAAAGAAAGCCUGCACCGUCAAUGCCCGAAUUCCUGUGCAAAGAAUGUCCCCGAGUCCACAUACACUUUGACCGCGUGGACAUAAAGGAAAUUCCUCCAGAGCCACUGUUUUUCCGCAGGUGGCUGCAUGAGCGGUUUGAAAUUAAGGACCGGCUGCUGACGGAUUUCUACGAGUCCGAGGAUGAAGACAAACUAUGCAGGUUUCCAGGGGAAGGCAAACAUUCCCCUCUGAACCUUUCUAAAACCCUCCCAUCAGUGAUUAUCUUGGGGGGACUGACACUGCCAUUACUGCUGACGGAGAACGGCAGGAAACUGUACGUGUGGACCUGGGUGUACGGGACGCUGCUGGGCUGGCUGUGGGUGAAUGUGUUUCCUUAACGAACAGGGCAGCGGCCGCCACGAAGAGACGCACAAAGACAUGGAGAGAUGUUGCCAUUUUCCUGUAUCGCAACCACACAAGGUGUGUUCCAGAGGCAGGGCAGUAUCUGAGGAGAGGCUCAGAUUUACUGCUCACGUCUGACUCACUGUUGACCUUGAGCUAAAAGCUGAACGAAGAUACGGAGAAAUGUUAAGCUUUUUUGUGCUACUUGUUCCCUCGCGAUAUUUGGAUUUGCAGCCUGAAAUGUUGAGAAAACACGAGUGGAGUUGUUGAAGGGUAUUCUCAAAAAUACCCCUAGUUAUCUACGAUAAAAUAAAAAUAGCUAUAUACUUAUCUUAAAUUAAUUCCCCCUGUCAUCAAAUUUAGCCAAAUUAUUACUCGUGCAUGCCCACUCUUCCAUCAAACUAUGGCUAAUUUUAAAGCUCUUAUAUGACAUGUGUUUGAGAGCAAAAUGUGCCGAGUGCUCUGAAAGCCAGUGAAUUGAUUCUGUUCAGCUCCUGUGUGUAGCUGACACCGUACACCAGCCGACUCAUGAGAGACCAUCAAUUAUUUAAGUGCACUGACAUUGGUUGUAAAUGUAGUCAUUUAUGCCAAGUCCCAUGUCAGGAGGUUUAUGCAAUUUGCUCAUUUAAAGUGAUGUUUUACAUUGAUGGAAAAAAAUAAGUAGCAUGCAGUCCUCUAUUGAGGCUCAUUAACAUGACACCAGCUGCAUUGUUUACCAUGAAUAUUCAUAUGAGUUUUAUAUAAUUGUAAUGAAUGUAGCCGAAAACUCUUAUGCAUCUAUGAAAGCUUUUUUCUUUUCUUCCCAACAGCCAAGAUUUUGUUUUUACUAAGAUUGAUAUGUAUAUUACACACACACACACUGUACAUGGGUGUCGCCCAACAGUGGCAAAUGCCACAGUGAACUCAUGGAGGAAUGCGUGUUUAAAAAUUAAAUAUCACUUUAACUUUAAAAUGUCAAUCAUUGCCAAACCUGUGUUUACCACGAUGUUCAAGUUGAGCAAUAUUUGUUUAAUGCAAGCCUGGCUGUCAGCAAAGAAACGUUUUGGGCCUAAAUAUAUUAUAAUUGUAUUUGCUUUUAUAGUGAUUUAUUCACAGAUUCAUAACUUUGAUAUGCAUUUUUUUUUCUUUGAAUAUCAUGUUACAGGUCAUACAAAAGUAUCUACCUUGCAAAAUGCUGAAAUGCCAUGUUAACAGUAUUAUCACAGGUUCAUGUUCACUCAAAGCCAUUUUUAUUAUAAAUGUCACUGUCUUGGGAAAUGCACUGUAUGUUCGUUGUUGUCGUUUACUGUUAUGAAACUAUUGCAUUUUUUUCCACAAGUCACUUUACAUGUUUGUCUAGAAUUAGUCUGAGAUGUUUUCCUCAUGUGGAAGGUAACGUAAAUCCAAAACCUUACUUAAAUAAUCCUUCCUUGUUCUUAAAUGUCUUGUCAGACUUUUUAUAGUCGUGUUUAUCCUGACAACCAGACUAACGCAUCAGGAAAUCUCUAGACAGUAUUUAAAUACCAACUGAUUUUGGAAAUGUGUGCCUUCUCUCUGGAGGAGUUGGUCCUCGCCCCUCAGAGGGCCACCGUGGCUCUUUUCCACCAGGCGUCUGCAUGGAGGAGCUGCUGCUGCGUGUGGUCACACCGACUAGAGUUUAUAGUGGCUUAUUUUGCUCAAAGAAUGCAUUUCUUUACUCUUGAGGACUAUUAUUAAACGAUGAAACCUUUAAUGUAUGUAAGUUCUGGACAUGGGGUCAGAGAGAAAUAAAGUGGUUUUCUUUUGGGAGA